AUGCCUCGUCGGUGGCGUCUGAACGAGAAGAGGACCUUCUCGGGAGCGUUCGAUGCCAACGUAAGCGAGAUGGAGGCAGCCCUACGGCAGAGUCGUACUGAACUCAAUGCCGCAUGGGACGGCAUCGACAAGCAUCGGGGUGAUCUCGAGGCACGCAUGGUCGAGGUCGAUGGAGAUGGAAUCUCUCCAACCUGGAACCUAUGUGACCUUUUCGAGAGCAUGUGGGACAAGCGUAUCCCUCGAGACGCCAACGGCCUCAUCGUGCUGGACGAGUCUCCGAUAUGCGUCAAGCAUCUCCUGCGCGCCCUGCUCAAGAAAUCUGGUGCAGCUGCAUUGGAUAGCCCUUUCGGUUGCUCGGGGCAGGGUUGGCUUCGGACGAGGUGGCCUACCUCCCCACGAUCCUGGCGCCUUUCUGAGGUUUGCCCGCUAACCGAUAUCCUCCAGGGUUGGUGCCCUGGCAACCCGUCCCGGCUGCAUCUUAUCUACCGCGCAUCCCGCGAUGGCUGGGGUGGCGAGGCGUUUCACGAGUGCUGUGGAAAGGACAGUCCCGUCACGAUCACGUUGUUUCGCGUCUUAUCGAGCGCCGGAACCGCGGUGACCGAUACGAUCGUGGGUGGGUUCUCAAGAUCCUCGUGGAGUAAUAGCUGCCCCUUCUCACGGUUUUCGCCAGAUGCAUUCAUAUGCAUGGUCAAGUACGGUAGCGCUGACGGAUCGAGCAGCUUCCAGCCGUCGAAGUGGAUCCCAAGACGUGGCCUCCCAAACUACUUGGGCACUUCUUCACACGGGCCCUGCUUCGGCUCAGACCUUUGCAUGUCCUUGCACGAUGACAACGCCAGAUUCCUCCAUGUCGCCAUCGGCGCGUUUAAUGUUUCCGAAGAUUCUGCUUUCUUUACUUUGGGGGGCCAAACUGUCAAGGAAAUCGAGGUUUUCCGGGUGUGUCGUGAGGCCACGGCAGGAUCGCCACCGCCACCGCCACGUGCCAAGCCGGCGACCACAUCGGAAAACGGCCUCAUCGACCUCACAAGCGGUGGUCCUUCUGACGCCGCCACCGAGAGUUAUGACGACGACGUCCGCAUGUCUGGCGCCUUGAUCGCAGAGUCUCUCAUGGAGGAACGUGCCGCUCUACGCGAAGCUUUCGCGGAGCUAGCACAGCCGAAUACCAAGGCCGGAGAGUCUGUCAACGCCCUGACGGCAGUUUACGGGCCGGAUGUUGCAGCGGGCAAAGAAGACACCGUGGUGGAACUCAGCGUCCGUGAGACCAGGCUGACGACGUUGCGCUCCACCCUGCAGGCUUGCCCGGAUUCUGCCCUGGCCGCUCGGUUCGAUUAG